AUGAUGGACUCCAUAACCUUCCGCGAAGAUGGCAGCGCCAAUGAUUAUGCCAGCUGGGCCAUCUUGAACUGUCCCUUCACACCCUUCAUUAUCCUCUUCUAUUCUGUCAUCAAAUCUUCAAACUUAGGAGACCUUGAGUUGCUCGAGAAUUUUACAACAUCGCUCAGAUCCAUGCAGCUCAGAUCGCCCGAAGCAAUACAAGAUCUGCGGGAGAUGUGUCAGACAUUCCCCACGCUUGCCAGACAGUACGUAAAAGCUGCCAUCAGCGAUACAAGUGCAGAUACGACAGAGCAACAAGCCAGUGAGCUCGUCGACAACCUCAACUUCACGCUUCUAAGCGGUUUCGAGGAUUGGUUCUCUGGAGUUCAAGAUUUCGUCAACUUUGAUUGGACAACUUAG